AUGCGAUCAGUCGCGGAAACUGCUCUUGGGCUCAAGCACGAGAGGCGCGAUAGCAAUGUAGAUGAAGAUGCGGAGGAUGAGCAGCUGAGGAUGGAGAUGGCGAUGGACCAUGAGGGCGCGGAGGAACAGGGAGGGCGAGGGCUGGAAGAGACGUUAGAGCGGGUCGGCUUUGGAGCGUACCAUUGGAGACUACUUGCAUUGUGUGGUUUUGGCUGGAUGAGCGACAAUUCUGCAUUGCAGUGUAUAGCGGUCAUUCUACCAAGAGUACAAAUACAUUUCAACCUGUCUUCUCAAGUGGUCGGACUGCUAUCAGCUUGUACCAUGGCUGGCAUGAUGAUCGGCGCAGUCAGCUGGGGUGUCAUCUCGGACAUCUUGGGCCGGUCUAUGCCUUUUAACUCGACUCUGUUCCUCACUGGAUUCUUCGGUGUCUGUGCAAGCUUCAGUCCCAACUUUACAAUUCUCUGUAUAUGGAUGUUCUGGCUUGGAAGCGCCGUCGGAGGAUCCAUGCCAACCGAUGGAACGCUCUUCCUGGAGAAUCUACCUCAUUCGAAGCAAUACCUACUCACUCUUCUAUCUGUCUUCUUCUCACUUGGCGCAGUCUUGUCAUCCGUCAUCAGCUGGUAUUUCUUACCCGGUUUAAGCUGUAAAGAAUUCGAAGGCUGUGAUUUUUCCAACCACGCAAACGACGGCUGGCGAAAAGUCCUCUUCUCCCUCGGCAUAUUCAAUCUGAUAUGCGCCCUCGCCCGCUGGUUCCUCUUCAAACUCCAAGAAUCCCCGCGCUACCUCGUCUCCACAGGCCGUUCCCAAGAAGCCAUCCUCGCCCUCCAAACCAUCGCCGAUUUCAACGACCAUUCCAUCAGUAUCCAGCACGCCGAUGUGCAGAGUAAUGAACCUUCUGCUGCUGACCCCAGUACGCGAAGGCCGUCGUUUAUGGGUCUUGGCGGUGAAGGAGGAGGGGCAGGGGAAGGAGGGUCGCCGGGAGCGGAGCAGGAUUAUGGAGGUGUGGGAAUGGGGCCGGAGAGGAAGGGGAUACCGUUGCAGACGACUACGUCGUUCUACAAGACACCGGGGACGGUAGACAUCGAAGAGUCUCAGAACUUGUUUGAUCAAUCCUUCCACGAGAGUAUCAGCGAAGAGAACAGGGCGUUGCUGAAUGAAGACUCGGAGGAGCCAGAAAUGAAGAGAGAGAGCGCGAGUGGUGGUGGUGGUUGGGCGGAAAAGCCGAGGGAUUGGUGGAUGAGCUGGGUGGGACAGAUGCAAAAGCUGUUCGUACCGCAAUGGAGAAAGACGGUCAUCUUGAUGUGGAUCAUCUGGGGAUCAAUGUCAUUCGCGUACACAAUGUUUAACGUUUGGUUACCUGCUGUGCUUGAAAGCCGAGCGUCUGGGGAUGGAGAUGAUGCGAUCACAGAAGCUCUUGGUGAUUUCGUCUUGUAUUCUGUAGCAGGUUGUCCUGGAUCUAUCUGCGGUGCGUGGAUGAUCCAAACCCGUUUGGGCCGCCGCAAAUCUCUCGCUAUAUGUACUCUUGCCACCGGCUUGUCGACAUUCGCGUUCAUCAACGUCGAGCAGAAAUGGGCGGUCGUGGUGAGCUCGAUGGUGAUCUCAGCGGCGGCCACGGCCAUGUACGCUGUGUUAUAUGGGAUGACGCCCGAGACGUUUGGAACCAACAUCAGAGGAACAGCCUGCGGCACAUCAUCCGCUCUGAGUCGUUUCACUGGCGUUUUGGCCCCGGUUUCUGCAGGGUUUCUCAUCACAGUUUCUCCCUCUCUCCCUGUCUUUACGUCGGCCGCCAUCUUUUGUAUGACGGCGGCUUGUAGUCUGGCGUUGCCUUUCGAGAGAGUAGGUGGGCCGAGUACUGGGGGGUUUGCGCAUUGA